AUGUCUAUCGAAGAAAUCCCACAAGGCGCCGAAGUCCAAGUCAUCUCCAAGGACGAAAAGAAGGCCAGAGACUUGAUCAAGAAGCUUAACUUGAAGCAAGUUCCAGGUAUCACCAGAGUCACCUUCAAGCAAAAGGGUAACUUGAUCUACGCCAUCGACUCCCCAGAUGUUUUCAGAUCCCCAGCCGGUACCUACGUUGUUUUCGGUGAAGCCAAGGUUGACGACAUGAACAAGAGAAUUGCCGAAGCUCAAGCCCAAGCUGCUCAACAAGAAGCUUUGUCCAAGGCUGCCACUGCUGAUGACAAGAGCCCAGAAGCUAUCACUGCUGACCUUGAAGCCGCUUCUUUACUCGACAAGAAGGAAGAUGACGAAGAAGAAGAAGAAGGUGAAGUUGACGAAUCCGGUUUGGACUCUGCUGACAUUGACAUCAUUAUUGAACAAACUCAAGUUUCCAGAGCCAAGGCUGCCAAGGCUUUGAGAAAGCACGAUGGUGACAUGGUCAACGCCAUUAUGGAAUUGUCUUAG